AUGGUCAAUACAACUCAACCGAAAUUGAACAAACCAAAAUCCAAGAUCCGACUUAGGUUAGGACUUGGUUCACCCGACCAUAAAGCCAAACAACCCCAAACUCAGCAACAUCUCUCACCCAACCCAUCACCCAAUCCACUCUUAGCUUCUUCCACAUCUACUUCCAACUCUGGUAUCUCACGUACGGACUCUCGUUCAGCAUUCACCUAUGACUCAUCAUCUACUCCUUCACCACCUCAUAAAACUGAAUUCGACACUAUCUCCUAUAACACCAUCUCACCUGAAUCGCUGAUCUAUCAACAACCUAAUGGUCAUGCGAAUCAUAUCCACGGACAAAUCAAUGAAAGUUCAAGUACACUUAUAACAUCCUCCGAAGGAGGUGUAGAUGGUGAAUAUCAUGUGGAUUACCCUUCUCAUCAUCAUCAACAACAACAACAGCAGCAACAGGUAGUAAGACAGGAACAAUCUUAUUAUGGUGAAAGUGGUGAAGAAGAAGAUGAAAAAUACGAUAAUGGAGAAUCAACCUUACAUCCUGCUAUAUCUUCUAUCACAUCAGGAACAGAUGAUAUCUUUUCUAUAACCGAUCAACAACUUUCGGAUCGAUUCACGUUCAUAUCAGAAAUUGGAUUUGGGAAUUGGGGUAGUGUAUGGUUGUGUAAACCGAAACAUACGAGAUCGAGUCAUCUGUUCGAUCAGCACAAUGAGAAUGAAAGAGCGAUUUUGAAAUUGGGUAAGAAAGCUGCUGUUUCUGGUGGGACCGGUGCGGGUGGGAAGGUAGCUAUCAAGUUGGUUCAUAGAUCAAGGAGUGCUACCACCGCAGCAAGAGUGCGAGCUUUAUGGGGUGAGAUGAAGAUAAUUAGAUCAUUACGAUACGAACCUCAUCCUAGUAUCAUCCAAUUUGAAGCUUUUGUCAUCACUCCCACUUAUGCAAUAGUAAUCAUGCCGCACUUGGCCGAACUGAUCCCCGUCUGUCUCCCGCCUUCAAGAGCCACACCCUAUCUACGUCAAUUGGCAUCAGCCGUCGCGUACCUCCAUGAAAGAGGAAUCACUCAUAACGAUAUCAAACCUGCCAAUGUUCUUCUGAGCCAUAAUGAUAUUCCCGUAUUGGUCGAUUUCGGAUUCGCUCAACGAUGGGAUGUAAAUGCGAGAGGCAGUUUCUUGUCUUCUAUCUCUUGGGGGACACCUGAGUACCUUGAUCCGAUCAGAGCGAUGGGUAUGCCUCAUGAUGAGCGUGCUUCGGAUGUAUGGUCUUUGGGUAUCACAAUGUUCGAGAUCCUCAUUGGAAGGACACCUUUCGAGGAAAAUGAAGAAGAACAAUUUGCAACUCCCGAAGCGCUUGUACUUUACUACGAAAGAUCAUAG